CACUUCCCGUGGGUGUUUGUUACAUACAGAUUAUAGCUGCGAAAGAGGAAGGAGAAGAUGUCCAGCGCUGUUCUGUGCGGUCGAGGCCGGCUGGUCCUCGGCGCCGCCGCCGGACGCCAGGCCCUCGCCCGUCUCCGGGUCGGCAGAACCAGAACCUUCUCCGCCGCCAGUUCAGAGGACGAGCCGUACGCCUCAGUGUCGCACGCAGACUCAGGCCCGCGCACCGUGUGGCCGGACGAGAGCAUGGGGCCGUUCGGGCCUCAGGACCGCCGCUUCCAGCUGCCGGGGAACGUGGGCUUCGACUGCCACCUGGAGGGCCUGGAGGACCGCAGCAGGGCGGCGGCGGCGGCGACGCCCCCCGUCAGCCACAAGGUGGCGCCAGACCUUCUGACGGCGCCCAGCUGCGCCGAGAGGCACCACUUCAUCCUGGCACAGUUCGUCAAUGAGUUUCAGGGGAAACUGGGCCCCGUCUCCAGCCGGGUCCACCGAGCCGAGCAGUACUUCAGCCAGACGGAGGCCGACUGCUCCGUCACUUCCUGUCCGGAGCUGCUCAGGAAAGAUCUGGAGCAGCUGUUCCCGUCGGCGCCGACCUCCUCCAUCACCGUGGUGACGGUGACCCAGAGCCGGCGGGACGACGAGGAGACGGUCCAGCUGCUGCAGAAAUUCGUCAGCGGGGCGAAGGAGAUGUGCUUCGCUCUGUGGACGGCGGGAUACUGGGCCGACUUCAUCCACCCGUCAACCGGAGCGCCGUUCUUCGCGUCCCCGUCAAGGCAGACCUCCCCGAGGACGGACGAGCCCCUGCAGGACCUGGGCUUCCACAUCGAGGCGUCGGGCCCCUGCACCGUGAUCCGCCACGUCCCCAAGGGGACGCCCCGCUUCGUGGGCACCGUCUUCACCAACGCGCCGCCGCACAGCGCCGCCGUGGCCAGCCUGCAGGGACUGGCCGGCGAGGAGUAAGGCGCGGCGGCGCCACCUACCUCCCAACGUCCCACAGGGACGUGUUUAUUUAUGAAAUGGACCCCUUCACACGGCGUGUGCUCAUCGCUGCUGCUCACAUCCGUGGGCCAGCACACUUUUAAACAUGUACAGUAUUGUGUGUGUGUGUGUGUGUGUGUGUGUGUGUGAGAGAGAGAGAGAGAGAGAGAGAGAGACAAAAAAAGUGUGUUUUUAUUCUGUAAUGUGUCACAGAAUGGAGAGAAAAACUAAAAAAUGAUGUUCUCUUAGAUCACUAAUAAAAGUGGCUUUUUUUGGUCAGCCUGCAGUGACACGUCAUUUCCUGAAGGUGGCGACAUGUUGG